AUGGAAAAGUGGUUAAAACGGGUAGCAAAAACUACCUUGCCGCCGCCAGUUGAUUGCGAAAAUAGUAGUGAAAAUACAGAUGAUCUUUUGAGUGACAGAAGCGGCACUGAGUCUGACUUACAAAUUCCUUCAACAAGUCGCGUCGAGUCAACGAAACGUCGGAAAGUGGUGAGAAAAUAUGACCCGGAAUAUCUGAAACUAGGAUUUACUUGGAAUCAUGAUACGACAGAUCCGCGUCCUCAAUGUGUGAUUUGCUACGAAAUAUUAGCGAAUGAAAGUAUGCGCCCAAGUAAGCUGAGACGUCAUUUAGAAACAAAGCAUUCCCAUUCUAUAAACAAGCCAGUAGACUUUUUUCAAAAAAAAUUGUUAGAAAUGAAGUCUUCUAAAAACAUUGUUUCUCAUUUCAUUAAUAUCAAUGAAAAUGCUGUAUAUGCAUCAUACCUCAUUAGCUUAAGAAUCGCUAGAGCAGGUAAGCCUCAUACUAUUGGCGAAGACUUAGUAUUACCAUCGAUUAAAGAUGCUGUUGGAGCGAUGUUUGGAGAAAAAGAAGUAAAAGAAAUCGAGCGCAUACCACUAUCGAAUAAUACUGUUGCGCGAAGAAUUGACGAAAUGGCUGAAUGGACAGAAGAUGAAUUAAUCCAGCGAAUAAUUAAUAGUAAAUAUUAUGCUCUGCAACUACGUAUAGAUGAGUCUACCGACGUGCCACCAAGGCCUAUCUCAAUUAAUUGUUUUUGUGCGUUAUAUAUUGCAAGAAGACGUGCAUGA